UUAAUUCUGUGAGAACUAUCCAAUCUUUCUAACUCAAUUGAAGCCGCUGUGAUUGGAAGAAAAUGUCCGUUGAUGAAGACGAGACUCGGCAGAGGUUAAAGGCAGCCGUCCAUUAUGCUGUGGGUCGCAUGUGUCAGAGGAUGAGAGAGGACCACCGGAGAGACUUCAGCCGACAAGUCGUAGCAGCGAUAGCCGAGACAACCUUCAGACAAUGCGAUAUAUUUGCUAAAGACCUGGAGGCCUUUGCACGGCACGCUAAAAGAAGCACCGUGUCUUCAGAAGACGUGAAGCUCGUCGCCCGGCGUAGUACUGCGUUGUUGAUCCACAUACAAAAUAAAAGUGAAGAACUGAACCUGGAGCAGCGGGAUUUGAAAAAGAAGAAUACUGGGAAGAGGAGAAGCAGAGACACUGAGGAGAGCAGAGAAUAAGGACAAGACAGACCUGCAGUCUCACUGGCGCCCAACAUUCAAAUAAACAUGAAAGCCCACUAACACAUGACAAUAACUUCAGUGCCACUGUUUAUGGUAAUUAGCAUUCCACAGAAUUAAAUCUUAUAUAAAAGUCGUUUUAUGUACACUGUCUGGUUUGGAGAAAAUAACUUCUGACUUAUUUGUCGUGGGUCCUGUUGAUGCAUCGUCAUGUCGUAGUGCAUUGGCACUAUUAUGACAAACAUGAUGUAUGCAACAUUAUAAAGUAUAAAUAAAGAUACAAUAAAGAACUGUGCUAAACAAUAUACCUGCCUUGUUUUUCCAAACCGACAAAUGAGCCGAAUGUUUUUCACACUUCGGGAAAACUCAAAUGUAGUUACUGUCAGGCAAACUAUCCAUUAUGUACACUCGGUGACCACUUUAUUAGGUACACCUGCAUAAUCAAAUGCAAUCCAAUAAAUCUACUCAUUUCUUUGACUUUUUUGUUGAUACUUUGUUAACCUAUGACCUCCACAGUUAGUGUUGCUGUUCUACACUAUAUUCAGGCGUCUAAUCUUCCACCCCCUCGUGUAUGUAAAUGAGGACCAAACAUUAGAGACAUCCCAACAUAAUGUAGCCACCACCAAUGACCUCAGAGUUAAACAUUGAAUUUACACAUUUACAACAAUGUCUAUAAAAUGCAACAUGUUAAACUCCCUAAAUGUAGACAUGACGGUUGGAUUGAACAGGUGGAGCUAGAAAAGCAGCACUAAGUGCAUCUGGCCAUCUAAAAAUCACCAAUUACAAAGCUCAGCAACGUGCCAUCGUUUCAUUACUUAAAACAAAUCGAAGACAACUAAACACUCUUGAGGUGAUGACACAUUGUUGAGCUCAUCUACAUACAAAGAACCCUUCAGAACUUCCCUCCCAACUUAAAAGUAGCUGUGGAAAAUCAAAAAGGGAUCAUUAACUCGGACAAGCUAUCAAAUGCAGCAAAAAGACAGGUACUACCCCGUGUCAUGUCUGAGAAGGCCGCACACACUGAAAGUGUUGCAACUUCCGUCUUCAUCCUUCAGUCAGGGUUCAAACGGAGACCUCGACCAGCAGAGCCCAAGGUCCCUAGAUAUGUGAAUCGAAUUAGAUGGUUUUUUAUUUGACAAACUGACCCAAUUAAUUAUCAACUAAGCAUCUAUUCAAACGAACUUUAUUAUAGAACUCCCUUCAAUUGACAUGU